AUGGAAAUACGGAGUCAUGACCAAGGAUGGAGCAGUUAUUCUGAGGAUCAUGGCACCUACCGAAAUUCCUGGACUUGGUUCGAUUUGGGGUUUGAAAGAACUCCCGGGCGAGAAGAUGUUUGCGAGGAUUUGGACGUCCGCCUGGCGACUAAUUUGCAUGCAAGCGGCAUAGCUCAGAACCAUCAGGUGGUGUAUCGCGCAGAGGAUGACUUGCCUUGGAUGCGAAGCCUCCAGGCUGGGGAUCGGGUUUCGAUCAUUCCGAGGGCGCUUUUCCCUGGCUGGCAAAAUUUUGUCGAAAGAGCAUCGAUCGAGAUAUAUACGGAUCCGUUGAGUUAG